UUAUGAAUGAAGUUCUCUAUGAUCUGAUUUUUGCAGCGCUACUCUUUGUUCUCCGUUCCAUCCUUUGCUAAGUUUUAGGCACACAUGGCUUGGCAGGGUGUGAAACCAGUAAUUCUGGUUUUGUGUUGCAUUGAUUUAGCUCUAUCACAGGGUACUUUAGAUCCCUUUUCAAGCAUAGAUGAUGAUUAUUCUGGUGUUGAAGCUGAUCACUCAGAAGUGACAACUCAAGACAGUGUACAGAUGAUGGAAUCAAAGCUGGCAGUUUACUGUAACAAUGAUACUAUGAAAGUAAUUUUGCCAGCUGGUUCUCUCAGUCAAGUUAAGAUUUUGGAUGAUUCAGUAAUUGAAUCUGUGCUUGGGGCCCCAGCGUCCUGUGAAUACUCGCUGACACAAGGCCAUGGCCAUAAUAUUUUGGUUGUUGACUACGCUGGCUGUCAUGUCAUCUUGAAGGACGGCCGUUACACUCUGAGCGUCCUCUAUCCAGAUGAAGCCGGACAGUUGGAUGUCGCUACGGUGUCUUGUGAUGCAAAACAAAGUCUCACUGCUUCCCUAAAACAUCGGAGUGUGCAGUUAGAUCAGAUGCCAGUUUGUGCAAAACUACCCCUGGCACAACCUUCCCAGUCAUCACCUCCCCUUUCCCCAGCAUAUCCACUGCUGCUGAACAGCAGACCGGGAGGCUGCAGCAUCUCUGACAAUCAGAGAGUGUCGUGUGGCACCUCGGGUAUAACGCAAGAUGAGUGUCUGGCCACAGGAUGCUGUUUUGAUGAGAGGACCUCAGUCUGCUACUAUCCCAUGGACGGCUGCAGCAUCUCUGACAAUCAGAGAGUGUCGUGUGGCACCUCGGGUAUAACGCAAGACGAGUGUCUGGCCACAGGAUGCUGUUUUGAUGAGAGGACCUCAGUCUGCUACUAUCCCAUGGACGAAUGCACUGCUGAUAAGAACUUUGUCUUCGCUGUUUAUAAUGAUUUCACAAACAUCCCUGUGAACCCCAUGAGCCUGAUGGUUGCUGGAAAGACUGGUUGCAAGCCUGUUAUCUCCAACAAAGACUUCGCCAUCUUCAAAUUUUCUAUCUCUGAGUGUGGAACACGUUCUUUCGUCAUUGGUGAGACGGUAAUUUACCUGGCUGAAGUACAGACCAUAAUUAAAGUUCGCAACCUGAAGUACGGCAUGAUCUCCAGGGAUAAUCCAAUCAGACUGAUGGUUGAGUGCCGCUACCCGAGGGUGUCAGCUCCUCCCAUGUUUGCAGGACCUGUGCUUGCGAGUGCAGGAUACAUGGUUAUGAGUCCCAGUCUGCCUCCAUUCCUGGUGUCUGAAGGACGUUUUGGAGUUCAGCUUUUAAUUUCUAUGGAUGCGACUUUCACUAAGUUUUAUCCACAGUGUCAUCAGCCCCUACACGUUCUUUUGGGGAAGUCUGUAUAUCUGGAGUUGCGUCUGAUGUCUCGAAAACUUGCAGCUACUCUCAUAGUGCACUACUGUGUGGCCUAUCCACGCUCCGCCAAGAGUGCCCUGAUUCUGCUGUUUGAUGGAUGCCCUAAUCCUCUCGACUCUGGCAGCACCUCCAUCCUUUAUAUGAAACAUCUUCCUCAAAAUCGGCACCAGCGUCGCUUUGAGAUUAAAGCCUUUCAGUUCAUGGAUUUGUCCACCAGAAAAUACCUGAAUGAGGAGAUUUACUUCAUGUGCUCUACUGAAGUGUGCUUGCCCUCUGGGUCGCCUUGCACAGAGACCUGCUUUGAUGGAAAGUUUCCCUGAAUGAGAUGCAGGUGAACCACUGGCAACGGGAGUGUGUGAAUCCUCUUGUGUUGGUGUUGUCUUACGUUGAAUAAAAUUUUAGCUCAA